UUUGUGUCAGAUCGCUGCUCACCAGAAAUAAUGACUGUAGGGAUUAACACCAUCCGGGCCAUCUGCCAGAGAGCGCCGUUGGGGAUGACCGACGCGCUUCUGCAGGAUCUCACCCAGUAUAAAAAGUACAGAGACAAAGGCGUUUCGAUUGCCGCCAAAACGUUGAUUAAUACUUUUAGAGAACUCAAUCCCGCUAUGCUUCACAAGAAAGAUAGAGGAAAAGAGGCAUCUCUGAAUAUAGAUAGACGAACUGUUUUCCAGUACGGGGAGGUGCACGCCUCCUCGUUUGUGCCUGGCACUGAACUAUUGGCGGACGGCGAUCUCGCAACUUCCGAGGACGCCAGCGGUUUUGACCCCCCAGAGGACAGCAGCGACGGUGAUUGGAUCGAUCUCGCCGAUUCUGCGGAGGGUGCAGAGUCGGUGGUUGACGCUGUGGUGACUCCUGAUAUUGAAAGAGCAGAGAAAAUCAGUAGCACUUGGAUUCUUUCAUCCGCUGAUUUCGCGGUCAUUAAGCGGAAAAGGAUGCAGGAAAAAUGCUCUGGCGCUCUACGGAAACGUCCUCGUGAGCAUCCCAUCAUCGUGAGCAAUAAUAACGAAAAGUUGACGGACCAAAUUAUCAGUAAAACUGCUAUUGAAACUUUUUAUAAGAAAAAAAAAAUGAGCAAAGAGGAAAGAAUUCAGUCCGUUAACGACGGCAGAAUAGGAAGAGCAAAGUUUGGAUCCAAAAAAAAUAAAAUGCGAACAGGAGGACUUUCUAACGCUAAAAAAAAGAACACGAAAAACUUUUUGAUGAUGCUGAAAAGUAAAAAAGUGCGGUCGAAAAAGUUUGCAGCGAAGUCUCAAAAAAAGAAACUUCGACGUCCCACAAAAAAAAAACCAAAAAAAUAAAGAACUUUGAAUCUUAGUAAAGGAUAAGUUUGUAAAAUUUGAGAAAGCUUAUU